AACAAUUCUGUGUUCAUCACUAAAUAUAAAGUAAAGUUAAUUAGAUAGUGCAAAGUAUAGAAAAUAAAAAUAAUUAAAAAAAACUUUUAACAAAAAUGAUGAAAAAACAAUAUGUGUUGAAACGGUCUAGUCAUGUUUUUAAUAAUAGGAACAAAAUUUUAUUAUUAUUAUUAUUAUUGUGUUUUGUUGCUAUAACGAGCGUGACCGGCAAGCAUCUGUUAUCAUCGAACGGAAAGUAUCGUGUCUGCGUAGUGGAAUCUCGGGGUGCUUACAAAAAAGCAAAUAAAUUUUGCCCUACUCUGGACAAGUUAAAUGCACCAGUAGAAUGCAUCCUGGGUGCAGAUCGUUUAGAUUGCUUAAGGCGGAUUGGAAAAGGCGUCGCAGAUUUCGCGGUUUUCAGCGCUGAAGAUUUGGUGGCGGCGAGGUGGUCCGGAAUUGAUAUACUCGUCACGAACGAAAUGCGUUUUCAUAAUUUACCAUUUGAAUACGAAGUAGUUGCAGUGGUUAACAACGAUGCAAGAAUUAGCACCGUUCAAGAUUUGAAAGGCAGCAGGCUAUGCCACCCUGGACAUGGAUAUGAAGCAGAUUGGAAUGAUAUAUUAGCUAAUUAUUUUGAAAAUAGUUUAGUACAAAGGCAAUGUGAUCCUUCAUUAUCCCUCGCCGAAAAUAGGAUAAAAUCGUCAUCCAUGUUCUUCAGUUCUGCAUGCAAGGCAGGACCUUGGGUGACGGAUAUUGUGGAAGACAGAGAACUGAAAAAACGAUAUCCGUCCUUAUGUUCGCUGUGCUACAGCCCGAGCGCUUGUUCAGCAGGUGAUAAAUUUUGGGGACGCCGAGGUCCACUGUUUUGUUUGACAGAUGGUCAAGGAGAAGUGGCCUGGGUCAGAUUGGAUGAUGUACAGAGUCAUUUUGGGUAUUUUAAAAAUAGUUUAGUACAAAGGCAAUGCGAUCCUUCAUUAUCCCUCGCAAAUAAAUCGAUAUCUAUUUGUACAAGCAGUACCAUAGCAUUAGCAAAAUGUACAUGGAUGCAAGAAUCAGCAGCAGUCCAAGGUGUUGAACCAGACGUUCAAUGUAUCAGAAAGAUGAAUGAUACAGAGUGCGUUCGUGCUGUUGCAUAUGGAGAAGUAGAUGUUACAAUAGUGCAGCAAGAGGAUAGAUUUGAAGCUGAAAGGUUAGGUUUACAACCGAUUUUAUUCGAGUACCCGCUAGAAGCUAAACAUUUUUAUCGUUCAGCUUUUGUGGUAAGGUCGACCUCUGAUAUUCACAGCAUUUCUGGCUUGAAGAACAAAAGGGUUUGCUUUGCAUCAAACAAAGGAUCAGCUUGGUUUUCUGCACUAGACGAAUUGAGAAAUCAAAGUAUGAUUCAAAACGCUGAUAAUUGCAAUGAAAAAGAUUUGUUGAGAAACUUUUUCUCCGAACUUUGUAUACCUGGUAGCAAGGACAACAAAUUGUGCGGCGCGCAUCAAGAAUAUAUAGGAGAGGAAGGGGCUUUCAGAUGUUUAGCAGAAGGUAAGGCCGAUGUUGCAGUUAUGGGCCUGGGGACGGUUGAAGAAUACACAGAUGGCUCAAGCAAUGAAAAAUGGGCAAGAUAUUUGAAAUCGUCCGAUUUCCGAUCGCUGUGCCGACAUGCUCCUCGAUAG